UUAUUCACGAUUCUUGUUGAUUUGCUGCUCACGCAAGCUUAAACACUGCCCGCUGGUACAUUUUUUUUCCAAAAUGUAUUAGUUGAAAUACCAAUGAGUUUUUUUCGUGAGCCGAGUGAGCCACUGGACACAGAUUGCUUCAUGCACUGUUGAAAGAGCAGUACACUGUUUGCAGGUACAUGUACGCUCGUCACCGAAUUCAUGUGCUUUAACUCAAUUUAAUGGAACGCCUGUAGAUUUGUGGAUGAAAUUCCUCCUCUUGUUUGUACUCGUGUAGAAUGAAAAGACGUUUUUCCACCCAUCAUUAAUCACCAACUGUCGUGAUGCUCAAUCAAAAGUAGGGAGACGUCAAAGACGUAUCUCUGGACGGUCGCUUGUGAAAAGACCGAGGUAGGGAUGGAUCUUCUGCGAGACUGAGGGAGUGACGUCAGCAUGUACGCGGCACGCAGGAGAGCAGAGGAAGCGGCUGAAGAAGCCAGAAAUAGGCCCGUCAUACUAGGUAUGCGGCCCCAGCAUGUGCGGGACAUCUGCAAGUUGCUGGGAGAUUUGAGAGAGCAAGGAUCCGAUGAUGAAGAGCAACUCGAAGACUUGCAAGUUACUCAAAGGAGAAAUCCGCAAGAGGAGCAGUUCCACUCAUUCUACAACCACAUGCUGGCCCAAGACACCGACCUGGAUGAUAGACUGCAACUGGAGCUGGAGACUAAGCAGACCGACAACUGGCAAUACCGAAACAUGCAGGAGUUCCGCAAGAAGCUUCCGUCGCAUAGUAUGAGACAGGAGCUUCUGCGUUUGAUCAGCGAGAACCAGGUGGUGGUCAUCAGCGGAGAGACAGGCUGCGGCAAGACCACCCAGGUGCCCCAGUUUAUCCUAGACCACCAUAUCCAGCAAGGUCAGGGGUCGACCUGCCGCGUCAUCUGUACUCAGCCCCGUAGAAUCUCAGCCAUAUCGGUGGCUGAGAGGGUGGCAUGUGAGAGAGGCGAGGCGUGUGGCAGUGGCAACAGCACGGGGUACCAGAUUAGAUUGGAGGCACAAUUCCCACGGCAACAGGGCUGCAUCCUCUACUGCACCAAUGGUAUCUUGCUGAAGUGGCUGGAAUCAGACCAACUUCUGCAAAGCGUAAGCCACGUUGUUCUGGACGAGGUUCAUGAGAGAGACAUCAUCUCUGACUUCCUGCUGGUCAUUCUCAAGGAUAUUCUUCCCAAAAGACCGACACUCAAGUUAAUCUUGAUGAGUGCGACCCUCAAUGCUGAACUAUUUUCGACCUACUUUGACGGUUGCCCGAUGGCCAACAUUCCUGGUUUCACCUUCCCCGUGGAGGAGUACUGGCUGGAGGACGUUCUUCAGAUGACCAAAUACACUCCUCCAGAGCAGCACAGGAAACACGAGCCAAUCUGGCUGAAGUUUGGAUUCGGAAAGCGCUUCCGGGAGGAGCUGAAGAAAGAGGAAGAAUUCAAGGAGAGGUUCAGCGGUUACAUUGCCAAAAUGCGACAAAAAUAUCCUGAAGAGGUGGUGUAUCAUCUCAAGAACAUGGACCAUGAGAACAUGGAUCUGGAGAUGGUUUCUUCUGUCAUUCGUUACAUCUGCCUUAACAAACCGGAGGGCGCUCUUCUGGUUUUCCUCCCAGGCUGGGAGCAGAUCUCCAAAGUGAAUGACCUCCUGACCCAGCAACAGAUGUUCCAGAACGACAACUUCCGCAUCAUUCCCCUGCACUCCAUGAUACCCACAAUCAACCAAAGACAGGUAUUUGAGCAGCCCCCGCCAGGUGUCCGCAAGAUUGUCAUAGCUACCAACAUAGCCGAGACGAGCAUCACCAUUGAUGACGUGGUGUACGUCAUCAACCUGGGCCGCAUCAAGGAGCGGAACUUUGACGUGGAAAACAACCUCAGCACCUUGAAGCCGGAGUGGAUCAGUGCAGCAUCGGCCAGCCAGAGAAGGGGGAGGGCUGGCAGAGUGCAACCUGGCGAAUGCUAUCAUCUAUAUAGCCAGCUGAAGGCAGCCAUGCUGGCAGACUACCAGCUGCCAGAGAUGCUGCGGACGCCACUGGACGAACUCUGCCUGCAAAUCAAGUCACUGAAGCUCGGCAGCAUCCACGGCUUCAUCGAGAAGGCCCUACAGCAGCCUGACCCCAGGGCAGUGGACCUGGCAUUGGAAAGCCUCACACAGAUGAAUGCACUAAAUGAGAACGAGGAACUCACCCCGCUGGGUUACCACCUUGCCUGGCUCCCUGUCUCCCCGGCCAUCGGCCGCAUGAUUCUCUUUGGUGCCAUGUUCUGCUGCCUGGACCCCAUCCUGACCAUUGCCGCCAGCCUUAGCUUCAAGGAUCCCUUUGUCAUUCCGCUGGGCAAGGAGGAGACGGUGAAUGCCCAGCGCAAGCAGCUCUCAGGGGACACGUUCAGCGACCACCUCAUGCUGGUCAAUGCUGUGGCAGGCUGGGAAGAGGCCCGAAACAGUGGACGACAUGCUGAGAGCGAUUACUGCUGGAGUAACUUCAUGUCUAUUACCACCCUCAAGAUGCUGGGCAACAUGAAGACCCAGUUCUGUGAGCUGCUGGCAUCCAUAGGCUUCGUAGCUGGGAAAUCCUGCAAACAGGAGGAAGCCAACAAGAACUCAGACAACAAGCAGCUGGUCAAGGCUAUACUUUGUUCAGGUCUCUAUCCAAAUGUGGCCCGUGUAACGAAGGGCUCAUUCAACAUGAAAGAAGGAAAAUACAGGCCAGCUAAGAUUAUGACUCGCCAGGAUGGGCAGGUCAAGAUCCAUCCCAAGUCGGUCAACUUCAAGGAGGCUGACUUCCCCACCAACUGGAUCCUCUACCAUCUCAAGCUGAAAUCCACCAACGUGUAUCUCCAUGACACCAGUGCCGUGGGGCCCUACCCUCUCCUGUUCUUUGGCGGGAAGAUCGGUGUCACCCGAAAGGAAGGGUCGGAAAUGAUCACCGUCGACGAUCACAUCAAAUUCUUCGCCCCAGCCAGAAUAGCCUAUUUAGUCAAGGAACUCCGGUUUGAACUGGACAAGCUGCUGCAACAGAAGAUCAGCCAACCAGGGAUGACCUGCUGGCGUCAAGACACCAAGGAGGGCCGGAUCAUGAUGGCCAUCAUCGACCUCAUCACGACCCAGGAGGACAGCAGACAGUAGAUCGUAGAUGGGCCCUGCUCUGUGGGGUCGGCCAAUGUUUAUGUGUUUCACAUUCUUGAGAAAACCCCAGUUGCAAGAAUAUCAAGAUUUUUGGCGAGCUGCGAAGCAAGUGUGAGCCUAUGUAAUACCGAUUUUCGUCUUCUGUCCGUCCGUCGGGCCAUUUGGCCGUCCGCCCUCAAAUGUUAAAGUUUUUCUUUGCAGGUCCAUAGGUGUUAAAACGUGCCAUUUAGUGCUUGUUUGCUUCUUCU